AAACAUCCUAUGAGAUCCAGUCAAACAAUGUGAUUCUAUGAAAGAAACUAUUGAAUAAGAACAAUGGUUCCUCAAAGUUCAUGAUGUUUAUAGCAAAUUAUUGUGCAGGUUGGGAGAUUAUAUUAAUUUCUCCAUAAGUUGUUAGCUUUAAAAAGUGAAGGAGGCAUAUUUGGAGCUUUGAAUAACAUGCACAAAUUAAAAAAAAUAGUACAAUAAAAUUACGAAAUUGGUCUGAGACCUCAAAAUUCUCUCACUGACACUUAACCAAUUUAUGCUUGCUCAGCUAUGUCCUUUGAUUUUUUCAGGAUACUAUACAUGUUUCCCUGCACAGGGGAUAGGUCAGCUUUCUCACACACACCUUUGUAUGACUAAGAAAUGUGACAUAUGUAUUAGAGAUUAUGGGAGUAUUGUCUACUUAGAGAUCUAAGACUUUGAAAAUAGGAAUUACAGAAAUUUCAAUAAGGAGAAGUGAACAAUUAUUUUCUUUUAAGGUGAAAUUUCAAAUUCUGCUCUGAUUCUCCUUUUUUUUGUAUAUUAACUAGUUCUUAUUUAUGUCCUUCCCAACUGAGUCUUAGAAGAUGAGAAACAAUGUGACUGAAUUCAUUCUUCUUGGACUGACUCAGGAUCCAGAAACACAGAAAAUUGUAUUUUUCAUUUUCUUGGUAUUCUACACUGCCACUGUAUUGGGAAACCUGCUCAUUGUUGUGACAAUCAAAAUGAGUUCAACACUUGAGUCCCCGAUGUACUUCUUCCUAACUUACUUAUCAAUCGCAGAUUCUUGCUUCUCUACCACCACAGCUCCCAAACUAAUUUUGGACAACCUCUCCCACAAGAACACUAUUUCCUUUGAUGAGUGUAUGACCCAAAUGUUUGCUAUGCAUUUCUUUGGCUGCAUGGAAAUACUGGUCCUCAUUUUGAUGGCCUAUGACCGUUAUGUGGCCAUCUGUAAGCCUUUGCACUAUUCAGUCAUCAUGAACCGAAGGGUGUGUGGGAUCCUCAUUCUGCUGGCCUGGGUAGGGUCAUUUCUUCAUUCAAUUGCCCAGAUAAUCCUCAUCUUGAAUGUGCCUUUCUGUGGUCCAAAUGUGAUUGACCACUUUUUCUGUGAUAUACAACCUUUGUUGAGGCUGGGUUGUAUGGACACGUAUGUCCUAAACCUCUUAGUAGUUUCUAAUAGUGGGGUCAUAUGCUCAGCCAGCUUUGUUUUGCUAAUGAUAUCCUAUACAAUUAUACUACGCUCCCUUAAAAAUCACAGUGCAGAGGGGAAGCGGAAAGCCCUCUCCACCUGCAGCUCCCACAUCACUGUUGUCAUAAUAUUCUUUGGUCCCUGCAUAUUUAUCUACACCCGGCCCCAAACUACUUUCCCACUGGAUAAGUUGGUGUCUGUAUUUUAUACCAUUAUGACACCCUUUCUCAAUCCCUUGAUCUACACUCUAAGGAAUGCAGAAGUAAAAAAUGCCAUGAAGAAGUUGUGGAAUAAAAAAGUGCCUUCACAUCACAAAUAAUAUGUUGAAGAAUAUUUUUUCCUUUUUUCUCAAGAAAGGUUGAGCUAACCAAGAAGAAUUAAAAUUCAAAUACAGCAAUAGUAAAGACAAUAGAACAGGAGUCCUUCCCCUGAUGUCUAUGGAUUUUAACAAUAUUUUAUAACUGUACUUUAAUCUAAUUUUCUUUGUUAUUCAAUAGAUUUCAUUUU